GCACCAACAUGCAGCUGCCAAGAAAACAAACGAACAGAGGUCCUAAAACUAAAACGUAAGAUUUCAAGCAUAUCAUUCAUUGUUGCAAUGAGUCAACGGUCCAGCUGUGAAGAUGAGGAGGGACCACCGUCGUCAUUAGUUCACACUAAAUCGUCAUCUUCUCUUGAACUCACCGUUGAAAACGUGCAAGAGUUGGAGCAACAGUUCGGUGGUACUAGUACAGGUUCGCUUUACAGCAGCAGUUUCAAUGUUGAGUACUAUGUUGAAGGCACUCCGCAUUGUGGCCAAAUGGACGGGGAGACCGAAAAAGUCUGCGUGGGCGCAGAUGAUCAAACUGACAUAAACAUUUCAAAACCAGUAGAGGAAUCCUUGACCAUUCCACACGCUAUAGAAACCGCCCCUAACACCAAGACUAUUCUGGAGACAGAAGGAUCUGAGGUGGUACAAUCCCUAAAUAACAGAGUGGUUGACAUGACAAACAAGGUUCCCUCAGGUCAUCUAGCUGUCCAAGGAGAACACAAACAGUCUCCCCCCAGUUGUGACAUGAUUGCUGAAGUAUAUAGCUCGGACUCCUCAGAAGACCUGCUGGAGAACGAUCUGGACUCCAUCCCCUGUGAAUACUGCCAGCAGUUCCAAAAACCUGCCGUCCUCAGAGACCAGAUGAAACAUUCAACACUGGAAGAGGAAGAAGAUAUUACCAUGGAUACCAUCUCUCACGUUCCAUUCAAAGGAGAACAGGAUCUGGCUGAGCAAAGGCUGAAGGAAUUGGAAAUACAGAGGACACAGACAGGGUCAUCUAACUGCACGUGUUCAGGAGUUGAAGCAAAGUUGCAUAACACCAUCUGCUAUCGACUCUCCAACGAGGUGUUCACUGCUGAGGAGACACCAUUCCCUGAGAUGGAAAUCAUUGAUCCUCCAGAUACUGUCACCCCGCAUGAGGAGGAACAAGGACACAAGAAAAAGGACACACUUAUCAGGCUCUAUGACAGCGGUCAAACGUUUCUCACAAUAUUCCCAGAUGGGACGGGACAGGUUUUCUAUCCAUCUGGCAGGCUUGCCAUUCUCAUUUGCGCUGUGAAUGCUGUCGAUUUCACCUAUGUGAUAUUAGCGGAUAAAGCCCUCCAAUCAGAUAUCAAGGCGAUAUUCACCUCUAAGGGCCAGUCUACCUGCUAUCAUCCAAAUGGCCUUAUAUGGGUGAACUUGACACAGUUGGGAGGCACUUCUUGCAGUGAUACAGGGGCUUUGAGAAGGCGCUGGAGUUGGAUCGACCAUGAACACCAUGUCCACGCCCCUCCCAUCCAGCCCCUCUGUCUCACCCUGAACCCCAACAUUGAGAUCCGCAUUCAGACCCAGGACUGCAUUUAUCUCACCUUCACCUCUCACAAAUGCAGCGUGCGUCUCAACGUGGGGUCCAGAUUCAAGCUGGAUCCAGCUGAAGGUCUGAUGUUGCCAGGACCAGAUUUGAUCCAGAGGCACCUCCAGCUGAAGAGUGCAGAGAUCUACUCAUUUCUACAGAAGAUCCACUCCGUCAUCACCUACCAACAGCCACUUAGCCCACGUAAACUCACAUCCCAGUCCAGCCUGAUCGUCCAGCUGGAGAUGAUGAAGACUGCUAUGCACAAAAGACGUGCUGCCAAGACAUCCAGGGUCCUAGUGUCCACCGACUCCCAAUAAUGUAACACUGAACAGAAAGCUUCCUUUUGUAGACUUCACAAAAGGUUAUUGAAAAGUGUGGAGAAAUACAAGCAUGUCAGAUGUUCGUCAUCUUUUUAAUUCAUAAUAUCCAUAAAUAGUUUUAUCUAUUCACAAAUUCAAACAGAGGACGCCAAAGCAAAUUGCGGUCUUAAUUAAUGGACUUAAAAGAACCAGGCCAACACCCAUCAUAUAUAGAUUACAUUUCUCAUUAUUUACAGUGCAAAAACUGUCAAAGGUCCAUUAAUAGCAGGUUAAAACAGUUGACAUUCAGAAGAAUCCC